GACCUCUGUUGGUCGUUUUCUCCACGUGCUGACAUUCCAUACUUCUGUAGUUGUCAUUCUAGAGAACGAGAUUUUUUCUUUAUGGCCGGUGGAAGGGAGUGAAAAAUUGUUUAUGUCGAAACAAAUUUUUUUAUUAUCAUUCUUUUUAUAUUCUACCACUGUCACUCCCUUAUCAGCUUGAAUUUUAUAACUCAUCGAUUUCACUUAUUCUGUCAGAAAAAUUAAGAUGGGUGCCAAAGUGUCAAGAGCCGAUUUUGAAUGGGUUUAUACAGAUGAACCUCAUGCGACUCGACGAAAAGAAAUAUUAAAAAAACAUCCUGAAAUAAAAGAAUUAAUGGGAUAUGAUCCAAUGUUCAAAUAUGUUGUUGCAGGGAUGGUAUUGGUACAAAUAAUAUCAUUCUGGCUUCUCAAAGACGCAUCUUUUUUCACACUAUUUAUUGCUGCUUACUGUUUUGGUGGAGUGAUCAACCAUUCGUUGGGAUUAGCUGUCCAUGAAAUUUCUCACAACUUAGCAUUUGGUCAUUCCAGGUUAAUGGCAAACAGAAUUUUUGGAAUGUUUGCUAACCUUCCCAUUGGUGUGCCUAUGUCAAUUUCAUUCAAGAAAUAUCACUUAGAACAUCAUAAAUACCAAGGAGAUGAAAAACUAGAUACUGAUCUUCCCACCCAAUUGGAGGCACAGCUUUUUUGUACAACCUAUACCAAAUUUCUAUGGGUACUAUUGCAGCCUUUCUUUUACACUUUAAGGGCAUUCUUUGUGUACCCAAAACCUCCUUCUUCACUUGAAAUUAUAAAUCUCAUUGUCCAGCUUAUUUUUGAUGCUAUUGUAGCUUAUUUUUGUGGUAUUAGAAUGGUGGGAUAUAUGAUUGGUGGAACAAUUUUGGCCAUGGGAUUGCAUCCAGUUGCUGGUCAUUUUAUUUCUGAACAUUAUAUGUUCAAGAAAGGUUUUGAAACAUACUCUUAUUAUGGUGGUCUAAAUUUCAUUACUUUUAAUGUUGGAUAUCAUAUGGAACAUCACGAUUUUCCUAGUAUUCCUGGCUCAAGAUUACCCAUGGUGAAAAAAAUUGCCGGAGAAUAUUAUGACCAUUUGCCGCAGCAUAACUCUUGGACAAAAGUUUUAUUUGAUUUUAUCACAGAUCCUGCUAUUGGUCCAUAUGCCAGAGUUAAGCGACAGCACAAGCCAAGGGGAGAGUGAUCUUUAAAGCAUGCCUAGUGAUAAACAAAUUUUUUUUUGGACUUUGCUAUUAUAUUAAAUGUAUCUACAAUUGCUGCAUGUAUAUUUUUGUUGUUUAGAGCUUAUCAUUCUAAGCCACUGAAAAUUAAAACAUUUUUAACACUUUUAAGAGUUGCCUGUAAAUAUAAUUAUCAAAUUCUGUAAUAUAUAUUUAACAAAUUUUUCAAACAUAUAUUUUUCUUAGCUUUGUUUGUUAAAACUUAUUGCUCAAGUUUAAAUUCUGUAGAUUUCUAUUUUUUUUCCUUAUGAAGAUAUAUUUCUUGUUUACAUAGUUGUAAUUUCAUUAUAAAAGAAAGUAUUAUAAUGGUUUUUUCUUUUUGUUAUAGUAUGUUUUCAAAUUAGAAUUAUAAGUUUAAGAAUGUAAUUAGCAUGUAGUUGCUUUCUCAAAAUGUUAUCAAAUUAUGUUUUAUGAAUUGAAAGGUACGAAAUGAUUAUAUAAUGUACUUUUAGAAGCUAUUCUGAUUUUUACUGUUACUGAAGGAGUCACAUGAUUGUCUUUGGGUAAAAAUUGAAUCUUUCUGUGUAUUUAAUAUAUUUGAAUGAUUUUAUUAAUAGUCACCCUCAAUAUUUUGAAAAAAAGGUGUAAACUAAAAGUUUCAGUCUUUGGAAUAAUGUUUAAUUAUUCACUAUUUUUUUAAAGAUAAUGAAAAAACUUUUGAUUUGUAAAACAAUAAGAAAAAACUUUUGAUUCUGAAAAAAACUUGCUCCAAAAAUAUAUUUUAAAAGGUGUGCUGUUUGCUGCAUCUAUAUUAGAGUGCAUAUGAAAAAAUUUUAAUAGCUGUGGUUAUGUAUUUCAAAAAAAUCAAUGCUCAACAAUUGUGUGUAAAACAAGUGAUAAAAGUUUGUAAAUUUCUCAUGUUUUUGAGGAAUGUGGUAGGUUUUUACUAAAAUUCGCUAUUUAUUUUCUUAUAUAUUUUUUAAAGGAAAUGAGUUAGUAAAACUGACUCAAAUUUAUUAAGACUAUUAUCCUGUUUAUACAUAAAAUUAAAGCUUUAAUUAAAUUUUUGUUCAAAUCACUACAUUUUGUGUAUUCACCCAUAUACUGAGCUCUUCACCUCAAUCACAUUUACAAAACUAAGUCUUAUAAUAUAAGUUUUUGUGUGCUCAAAAUUAAACAAUUGUGCACGCGAGGCACAAAAUUAGCUUUACCAACAUAACUGGGAAAUUUUCUAGUCAUCUGUAAAUUUUUCAAUGUUUAAUUUUUGCACUUAAAAUCUCAUUGCAAUGAGACUUUGCUCUAUUCCACUAUUCUCAACCCUUUAACUACUGGCAGGUACUACCUACUUGAUUGUUGUUUACUUGCACAGAAAAUUCCUUCUUGCAUUCAAUGAAGGAAAUGAUUGUGAGUGCCAUUUUUGUGUAAAUUCAUCCUGAUGUUAAAUGACCCAAUUAGAAGCUGUAUUUAUGUAGGGGUGUCUGGAUAUUUUGCUAUUUUUUAUGAUGAUGAUGGUUUUUGAGUGCUGUGAAGUAUCAUUCCCAUGAUCGUAAUAUGUGUAAUGAAUGCAAUGCAUUCUUCUAUUACAUUUUAAUAUUUAAAAUCUAUGUGAUGAUCUCAGAAAUAAUUGAGUUUGCGGGGAUGCCAGCUACGAAAGAUUUUCCUAAUUAAAAUUUUUCUGAGCUACAAAUUUCCAAAUUAAGAUUUUCCAGAGUUUCAUUUUGCUAAACUAACAUUUUCCCUAAGUUAUAGAUUUCCAAAUUAAGAUUUUCUGCACACAUUUGGGAAAUUUUUUGAAAAAUGUAGAAAAACUUAAUUUUUUAAAGAUUAUAUUUAAAAAGAAAAAAUGUGUAGGGCAUUAUUUUUACUUACCCAUUUUGCAAUUUAAAAACUAACCGUUGUGUUUUAUUGUAUCGGUAAUUCUAUUUAUUCAGUAAUUACAUUAGCAAUAGUCUUAUAAAUUCUGAUUUUUAAAUUGAGUAUUUUGGAGCCAAAUUUGUUAUAAUAUAAAUCAUUUUACUACAAAAGUUGAAAAUUAUCUUUCAAUUAUAUUAAAAUUAUCUUUGUUACUAUGUAAAAGCACCAGAUCUGUGGUGAAACAUUAUAACAAGUUGGUAUCCCUGAGAUUGAUAAAUGAUCUUUUGUUGUUGGGCACCGUUCGCUGUGUAACACAGUUCAGCCAAGAUUUUAAAAUUUAAUAGUGCUGAAUUUUUUUUAAUAUUUCACUUUAAAAUGUUGUAAAUUUGUUUUUAUCUAUUGAUUUAUGUUAUGAAGGUGCAACUUUUCUGCUCAUUUUAUCAUCUAGAUCUCAGCAUUUCAGUUCAAAUAUUUAGUUGUGUAAAAUAAUUUGUUUGAAUCUCCUAUUUGUAUUCUUAUUCUUGCAGCUUUUCUUUUAUAUUUCUUUUUAUCCAUUCCUCUUUCUCAGAUGCACGUUAAUCAGGAAAUGUGGUAAAAGAAGUAAAGUUUUAUGUUUGUGUGCUAAGUUUAUUACUGUCUUAGAUUAUGAUUAUUCAUUUAAAUACUAUAAAAAAUAAAGGCUAUUGUAAAAUUGUA